AUGGCUCGAACCAAGCAGACGGCGAGGGCUUCUACCGGCGGGAAGGUACCACGCCGCGCUAUCGCCACUAGGGCCGCCUGA